AUGACUGAAGAAGAUAGAAAACUCACUGUAGAGACGGAAACAGUUGAGGCGCCCGUGGCAAAUAAUCUUUUACUGUCAAAUAGUAAUAAUGUAAUAGUUACGAACCCUACUAUUCCCUCUGCAUCCACUUCCACAUCUCCGCUGCACAGGGAGAUAAUUGAUGAUUCCAGCAUUGCCAGCAAUGCUGUCAACAAUGUUUUGGAGCAUAAUAUGUCCACGAUAGAUGCCAAUAUAAUGGAUUCUGAUGCCACGUCACAUAAUCCGGAUCAUUGGCACCCGGACAUAAAUAGGACGGGCACGUCGAUGUCAACGAGCGAUAUCCCAAUGGAUUUGCACUUGGAACACAUCCCUUCUCUUUCAUCGAGUAAUAAUAAUAGCAACAAUGCCUUAAUCAACCAUAAUCCUCUGUCAUCUCAUCCUUCUAACCCCUCAUCUUCGCUGCGCAAUAAGAAGAGCUCCUUGCUAGUGGCGUCGAAUCCUGCGUUUGCUUCAGAUAUCGAACUAUCGAAAAAAAAGGCCCCGCUCAUCUCCAAUAAUAUGCCUGCAAGCAACGCCGCUCUCUAUCAGACGGCAAGGUCAGCGAAUAUUCAUGGUCUGUCUUCGGCAUCGGCAACCAAGGCCAUUAGAAAAUCUUCGGCUUUCUCGAAUAACACAGCUCCCAGCACGAGUAAUAACAUUGGUUCAAACACGCCUCCUGCCCCCCUUUUACCGCUUCCUUCACUCUCCCAACAAAAUAAGCCAAAAAUAAUAGAGAGGCCCAUGAUGCACGUCACUAAUUCAAGAGAAAUACUCUUGGGCGAAAACCUGUUAGACGAUACGAAAACAAAAAGUGCCCUUGCCAACUCAACGUCUCUUGACGAAGACUUAACGGUGAAUGAUGAUUCACAUCUACCGAACCGCUCAAACCCAGAUAACGAAAACAACGAUAAGCUGAGGAAAAAUAACAAUAAGAACAAUAGUGAUAAUAAUGACAAUAACAAUAGUAACAAUAAUAAUAAUGAUAAUAAUAAUAACUGUAGCAAAAGUAGUCAUGGCAACAGUGAUCGUAACGAUGAGCCUAAUAAAGUAUUAACGGCAUCUGCGAAGACCGCGCCUUCAACUGCCUCCUUGGCCAGUGCUGAAAAUGCAGGAGCCCUCGCUGCUAAUACUUCCACCAAUAGUAAGAACAAUAAUAGCGGCAACAUUAACAGUAAUAAUAAAAAGAAAACUAACAACGAUAGCACUAGAAAUAGCAACAAUAAUGCAACCAAUAAAACCGCCAAUGGUGAUAUCAAGAAGGCCAGUGCCGACUCUACUGUCUCUAAUUCUAACAACAACACAACAACUGAUGAUUCACAUGACAGUAACUUAGAAAAACCAACAAAAGCAGAUUUUUUCGCUGCAAGGUUGGCGACUGCUGUGGGUGAAAAUGAGAUUAGUGAUUCGGAGGAGACUUUUGUUUAUGAAUCCGCAGCUAAUUCAACGAAGAAUCUCAUUUAUCCUGAUUCCUCCAAUCAGCAACAGCAACAACAGCACCCGCAGCAACAACAGCAAGAACACCCGCAGCAACAACAGCAAGAACAACAGCAACAACAGCAACAACAACAACAACAACAACAGCAACAGCAACAAAAUCAUGGCAUAACUACAAAGAUGAGUGCCCCACUGUUAAACAAUAACAAAAAGUUAUUAAGCAGGCUCAAAAACUCGAGACAUAUAAGUACAGGUGCCAUACUGAAUAAUUCAAUUGCAACUAUAAGUACAAAUUCUAACUUAAACUCUAAUAUGAUGCUGAAUAACAGCAACAUGGCGUUGAGUCACAGUCAUUUGGAUGACUUGAGCAGCAUAAAACAACAGCAACAGCAACAGCACUUGCCAAUGGACGUUCAAUCGGUAGAUUCUUACACUUCCGAUAAUCCAGAUGCCAAUAUUAUUGCCAAGUCACCUGACAAAAGGUCGAGCUUACUAUCCUUGUCUAAAGUUUCUCCACACCUGCUUUCAUCCACAUCAAGUAAUGGUAACACGAUAUCAUGCCCUAAUGUAGCCACAGGUUCUCAGGACUUGGAAUUAAAUAAUGACAUCUCAACUAAGAAAUCAUUCUCCAAUUCUACCUUAAGACACUCUUCCGCUAAUAGAAAUUCGACUUAUGGCGACAAUAAGAGGCCUCUUAGGACAACGGUGUCCAAGAUAUUCGAUUCGAAUCCAAAUGGAGCUACGUUACGAAGGUACUCUGGGGUACCAGAUCACGUUAAUUUGGAAGACUACAUUGAACAGUCACAUAAUUAUCCAACAAUGCAAAAUAGCGUCAAAAAAGAUGAAAUUUACAACAGUAGGAGUAACAAGUUUCCCCAUGGUUUGAAUUUUAAUAACGAUCACAACGUUAUUGAGGAAGAAAAUAAUGGUGGGGCGGCCAGUUCAAACCGACCGCAGCACACUAACCUUCAGCAUGAGUUUAUUCCAGAAGACAAUGAAAGCGAUGAGAACGAUAUUCACUCCAUGUUUUAUUACAACCAUAAGAAUGAUUUAGAGACGAAACCUUUAAUAUCUGAUUAUGGCGAAGAUGAAGACGUAGACGAUUUUGAUCGUCAAAAUGCUACUUUCAAUAGCUAUUAUGGCUCAGCAUCCAACGCUCACGAACUGUCGUCACAUGGCAGAAUGCCAUCAAGAUCAAAUAACGACUAUUAUGAUUUUAUGGCUGGCAAUAAUAUUGGUAAUGACAAUCAAGUGAAUGAGUAUACCCCGUUAAGGACAAAACGUAUCCAAAGACAUUUAUCAAGGGCAAAUAAUAGCAUGAGGAAUGGCAGCAUACAUGGGAAUGGAAACGAUGAUGUUGCCCAUCCAAAUGUCAAUAACAGUGAUAUCGUCGGUUACUCACCACACAAUUUUUAUUCAAGGAAAUCUCCCCUUGUAAAGGUAAAGAAUUUCCUUUAUUUUGCAUUUGUGAUAUCAUCACUAUUGAUGACUGGGUUCAUUCUUGGAUUUUUGUUAGCCACGAACAAAGAAUUACAAGAUGUAGAUGUGGUAAUCAUGGAUAAUGUAAUUUCAAGUUCAGAUGAACUCAUUUUCGAUAUCACAGUAAGCGCAUUCAAUCCUGGGUUCUUUAGUAUAAGUGUUUCACAAGUCGAUUUGGACAUUUUUGCGAAAAGCUCCUUUUUGAAAUGUGAUUCUAACGGUGAUUGUACCGUAGUAGAACAGGAACGGAAAAUCUUACAAAUGACUACAAACCCUUCGCUAGUAGACGAGACUAUCGAAAACGACGUUAGCACUGGGAACGUAGAGACGGUGUUACUGGGAACUGUCAAAACACUAGAAACACCACUAAAGUUUCAGGGUGGUGCAUUCAACAGGAACUACGAUGUAUCUGUAUCGAGCGUCAAGCUUCUAAAUCCUGGAUCCUGUGAAGCCAAGCAUGAAAACGACGACGAUGACGACGAUAAUGGUGAUGGUGGUGAUGAUGGUGAUGGUGAUGAUGAUAAAAGUAUUCGCAGUGUCAAAGAGAGACAACACAAAAGUAAAACAAAUGUCAAAGAUGAUAAAGAGGAUGAUACUAAAAAGUGGAAGCUACUAAUCAAGCACGACUACGAAUUGAUAGUCCGUGGCAGCAUGAAGUACGAAGUGCCCUUCUUCAACAAACAGAAAUCCACGGCUAUACAAAAAAACUCCAUGGUACAUCCUGGUAAGAAGUAA